GGCAGCGGAGGAGGCGAGGAGCGCCGGGUACCGGGCCGGGGGAGCCGCGGGCUCUCGGGGAAGGGACGGAUGAUGAACAAGCUUUACAUCGGGAACCUGAGCCCCGCCGUCACCGCCGACGACCUCCGGCAGCUCUUUGGGGACAGGAAGCUGCCCCUGGCGGGACAGGUCCUGCUCAAGUCAGGCUACGCCUUCGUGGACUACCCCGACCAGAACUGGGCCAUCCGCGCCAUCGAGACCCUCUCGGGUAAAGUGGAAUUGCAUGGGAAAAUCAUGGAAGUUGAUUACUCAGUCUCUAAAAAGCUAAGGAGCAGGAAAAUUCAGAUUCGAAACAUCCCUCCUCACCUGCAAUGGGAGGUUCUGGAUGGACUUUUGGCUCAGUAUGGGACGGUGGAAAAUGUGGAACAAGUCAACACAGACACAGAAACUGCCGUUGUCAACGUUACCUAUGCAACAAGAGAAGAAGCAAAAAUAGCCAUCGAGAAGCUAAGUGGGCAUCAGUUUGAGAACUACUCAUUCAAGAUUUCCUACAUCCCGGAUGAAGAGGUGAGCUCCCCUUCGCCCCCUCAGCGAGCCCAGCGUGGGGACCACUCUUCCCGGGAGCAAGGCCACGCCCCCGGGGGCUCUUCUCAGGCCAGACAGAUUGAUUUCCCGCUGCGGAUCCUGGUCCCCACCCAGUUUGUUGGUGCCAUCAUCGGAAAGGAGGGCUUGACCAUAAAGAACAUCACUAAGCAGACCCAGUCCCGGGUAGACAUCCAUAGAAAAGAGAACUCAGGGGCAGCAGAAAAGCCUGUUACCAUCCAUGCCACCCCAGAGGGGACAUCUGAAGCCUGCCGCAUGAUUCUUGAAAUCAUGCAGAAGGAAGCUGAUGAGACCAAACUAGCUGAAGAGAUCCCUCUGAAAAUCUUGGCCCACAAUGGUUUGGUUGGAAGACUGAUUGGCAAAGAAGGCAGAAAUUUGAAGAAAAUCGAACAUGAGACAGGGACCAAGAUAACAAUCUCAUCUUUGCAGGAUUUGAGCAUAUACAACCCUGAACGAACCAUCACUGUGAAGGGCACAGUGGAAGCCUGUGCCAACGCUGAGAUAGAGAUUAUGAAGAAGCUACGUGAGGCCUUUGAAAACGAUAUGCUGGCCGUUAAUCAACAAGCCAAUCUGAUCCCAGGGUUGAACCUCAGCGCACUUGGCAUCUUUUCAACAGGACUGUCCGUGCUGCCACCACCAACAGGGCCCCGCGGAGCUCCCCCCGCUGCCCCCUACCACCCCUUCGCUACACACUCCGGAUACUUCUCCAGCCUGUACCCCCAUCACCAGUUCAGCCCGUUCCCACAUCAUCACUCUUAUCCAGAGCAGGAGAUUGUGAAUCUCUUCAUCCCAACCCAGGCUGUGGGUGCUAUCAUUGGGAAGAAAGGGGCACACAUUAAACAGCUGGCUCGAUUUGCUGGAGCUUCCAUCAAGAUCGCCCCAGCAGAAGGCCCAGAUGUCAGUGAAAGGAUGGUCAUCAUCACUGGACCACCAGAAGCGCAGUUCAAGGCCCAGGGACGAAUCUUUGGGAAACUGAAAGAAGAAAACUUCUUUAACCCCAAAGAAGAGGUGAAGCUGGAAGCCCACAUCAGAGUGCCCUCUUCUACAGCUGGCCGUGUGAUUGGCAAAGGUGGCAAGACCGUGAAUGAACUGCAGAACUUAACCAGUGCAGAAGUCAUUGUGCCUCGCGACCAAACACCAGAUGAAAACCAGGAAGUGAUCGUCAGAAUUAUCGGGCAUUUCUUUGCUAGCCAGACUGCACAGCGCAAGAUCAGGGAAAUUGUACAACAGGUGAAGCAGCAGGAGCAGAAAUACCCUCAGGGAGUCGCCUCACAGCGCAGCAAGUGAGGCUCCCGCAGGCACCAGCAAACAACGGAUGAAUGUAGCCCUCCCAACACCUGACAGAUGAGACCAAACACAGCCAGCAGAUCGGGAGCAAACCAAAGACCAUCCUGAGGAAUGAGAAGUCUGCGGAGGCAGCCAGGGCCUGCAGAGGCCCUGAGAACCUGGGGCUGAGGAGGGGCACAGGGAAGGCUGGGUUCCCCAGAACCACCAGCCCAGCCACCCACCUUCCUCCCCCAGCUUCUGCAGGCUUCCCAGCCAUUCACCUCCCCUCACUCAGAUCUCUCCCCCACUCCCAUGACGCUAUCCCUUUUAGUUGAACUAACAUAGGUGAACGUGUUCAAAGCAAAGCAAAAUUCACACCCUUUACUUUUUUGUGGAAAAUCGUCUCUGUACAUGUGUGUACAUAUUAGAAGGGGAAAGAUGUUAAGAUAUGUGGCCUGUGGGUUGCACAGGGUGCCUGCAGCAUUAAUAUAUUUUAGAAAUAAUAUAUCAAAUAACUCAACUAACUCCAAUUUUUACUCAAUGAUUAAUUUUGUUUUCUUUUUUUUUAAAAGAAAGCAGGCUUUUCUAGACUUUAAAGUCUUUGGGAGGUCUAACGGUGUAGAAAGGAACUUUUAGGCCACCCACACAAAAUUCACCCAGAGAGAAAUCCCGUCGAAGGACACUCAUGGCAGUUCUGGAUCACCUGUGUCUGUCAACAGAAGGGAUACCGUCUUGAAGAGGGGACUCUGUCCCACUUCAUCCCUGUCUAGCUCACACACCCAUUUCUCUUUGCUUCACAGGUUUUAAACUGGUUUUUUGCAUACUGCUAUAUAAUUCUCUGUCUCUCUCUGUUUAUCUCUCCCCUUCCUUCCCCCCCUCCCCUGCUCCAUCCUGACUCUUUUGAAUUCCCUCAUCCCACUGUCUGAUUCCCUGUAUCUACGCACCCCCCAGGCAAAGCAGUGCUCUGAGUAUCACAUCACACAAAAGGAACAAACGUGAAACACACAAACCAGCCUCAACUUACACUUGGUUACUCAAAAGAACAAGAGUCAAUGGUACUUGUCCUAGCAUUUUGGAAGAGGAAAACAGGAACCCACCAAACCACCAGUCAACCAAACAAAAAUUCCAUAAAGAAAGAAUGUAUUUUGUCUUUUUACAUUUUGGUGUAUAAGCCAUCAACAUUCAGUGAAAUGAUUUCUUUCUUUUAAAAAAAAAAUUGUGGAGGAAAACAGCAAUUUACACAAGGUUGUUGGCCCAGGGCGUUAAAUUUACAGAUUUUUUUAACAAGAAAAACACACAAAAAAAAGCUACCUCAGGUGUUUUUUACCUCAGCACCUUGCUCUUGUGUUUCCCUUAGAGAUUUUGUAAAACUGAUAGUUGGAGCAUUUUUUUAUUUUUUUAAUAAAAAUGAGUUGGAAAAAAAAUAAGAUAUCAACUGCCAGCCUGGAGAAGGUGACAGUCCAAGUGUGCAACAGCUGUUCUGAAUUGUCUUCCGCUAGCCAAGAACCUAUAUGGCCUUCUUUUGGACAAACCUUGAAAGUGUUUAUUUAGAGAAAAAAAAAAAAAAGAUAACAAAGAAAAACAGAGAGAGAAAAUAUUGGAGAUGUCCUGAAUUUCAAUAGGGUACGCGCCAUUAGGGCUUUUUGCGCUAAAGGAUGAACAUGUACUGGUUUAUGUGAACAAGCCAUUAUACCACCAGACUGCAAUGCCAGUUUCCUCUACUGCAAACAGUGUUCUGUGACAAAAAAAAGAAAAAAAAAGAAAAAAAGAAAUAUAUCCAGCUA